AUGGAUGGCCGCGACUUCGCGCCGCCGCCGCCGCAUCUGCUGCCGGAGCGCGGGAGCCUGGGCCACCGCAGCGCCGCCGCCGCGCAGCCCGCCGCGCCCUUCCCGCCCGGAAAGUUCUUCCCGCCGCCGCUGCCCAUGGCCUCGCACGCAGCCAGCAGCCGCCUGAUGGGCACCGCCCCGGCCUCCUCCUUCAUGGGCAGCUUCCUCUCCGGCGGCCUGGGCUCCGCCGCCGCCUCGCACCCCAGCGGCCCCGCGCCCGCGCCCGCGGAGCAGGCCUACCGCGGCGCCCACCCGGCCGCCCCCCAGCUCUGGUUCUCCCACUCCCACGAGGCUCCAGGGUACCCCAGAUUUUCGGGGAGCCUGGCAUCCACCUUCCUACCCAUGAGCCACUUGGAUCACCAUGGGAACAGCAACGUUCUCUAUGGACAACACCGUUUCUAUGGAGCCCAGAAAGAUAACUUCUACCUGCGCAACCUGCCCCCGCAGCCCGCGCUGCUGCCCGCCAACCACAGCUUCCCCGCCGUGGCCCGCGCCCCCGCCCGCCCGCUGGGCUCCUGCAGCCGCGACCGGGCCGAGGCGCCCGCCCUGCAGAAGGGCACCAAGGACUUCGACCGCUUCCCGCUGGGCAAGGACAAGGCGGGCAAGGCGCUGGAGGCCAAGGAGCGGGCGCCCGAGGAGGACGGCGCGGGGCACCGGCUGGGGCUGCCCCUGCCCGCCGACGGGCCCUGCCGGGAGGGCGCGGCCCGGGGCGCCUGCGAGGGCCGCCCCAAGCCCCUGGCCUCCUGCCUCCUCAACGCCAAGGUGCUCAACGGCGAGGGCAGCAAGGCCGCGCUGGCCAGCUGUGCGGGCGGCGGGGCGCUGGUGCGGCCCGGCCUGGCCCCCGGGCGCUGCCCCAAGGAGGCGGCGGGGCCCGCGGAGCCAGGGCAGGCCUUCGGCGAGUGCCUGGAGCGGCGGCAGGCACUGCACCACGCGGCCUACACGGUGCCCUCCGGCCUGCCCGCCGGGCCGCCCCCCGCCCUCGGCACGGCCCCCGGCUCCUUCCCCUGCCUGCAGCUGCACGCCGGUCCCGACGGGCUCUGCCCGCUGCAGGACCAGGCCCCCCGGGACCUGAAGGCCGGCGGGCCCACCCUCGUGCCUUCUGGGGGCCACCUGGCCGACAAGGCCCGCUCCUUCCCCGCGGCGGAGGCCUGCGCGGUGGCCGGCGAGGGCAAGGACCGGCACCCGGACGGGGCCCUGGCGCCCGACCACGCCGUGCACUACGGCGUCUCCUACGCCCACGCCAAGGCUGAGCGGCGGCCCGGGGCCUUCGAGGCGGCCCUGAACCCCCGGCGGAAGGGCCUGGAGUACCUGCGCGGCGCCGGCCCCGAGGCCGCCUUCCCCGGGCUCCCCGCGGGCGCGCUGGACAAGGGCGGCUACUUGGAGCUGCCCGCCCCCGCCCAGGACUGCGUGCGGCCGGCCCUCCCGGACCCCGUGGGCGGGAAGGCCGCCCAGGCCUGCUGCACUUUAGACAAGGCCGCUGGCAAGGAGCCACCCCCCGGGCCCCCUGCAGCCCAGAAGGUGGCCCGGGUCCGGCACCAGCAGCACCUGGUGGCCCCCGAGAUGGAGCUGGCGGGCGGCGGGGCCGAUGCCAAGCGCAAGUCCCUGGAGCUGGCCUCUCUGGGCUACGGGGGGCCCCAGCUGUCCCCGUGGGGCGUCCAGUCGGGCCAGGGCACCCCCAUGGCCGUCGGCGAGGAGCGUAAGGCUGGCAGCGGCUACCUGGACCCCUUUGGGGGCCUCCCGCAGGCGGCCCUCCGGCCCCAGGACCUGCCCGCGCCGCCCGACGAGGUCUCGGCCAUGAAGAACCUGCUCAAGUACAGCAACCAGGCGCUGGUCGCCGGGCAGAAGGCGCCCUUCGUGGGCCUGGGCGGCUUCAAGGCCAGCUGCGCCCAGCAGGACGCCAAGUUCCCGGCCGCCAAGGGCCCGGGCCAGGCCGGCGAGGUGGAGAGGCCCGACUGCGCCCGCAGCCGGGAGCACGAGGCCCCGCACGGCGACGGGGAGGUGCGGCAGCCCCCGGUGGGCAUCGCCGUGGCCCUGGCCCGGCAGAAGGACACGGGGAGCCGGCAGGACGUGGCCUACGGCGCCAACCCCGGGCGGCAGAGCCGGGCAGCCCCCGCCCUCAAAGCUGGCGGCGGGGCCCGCUCCGUCCACGCGCUGGACCUGGAGGCCGAGGAGGAGCGGCGCCUGUGCGAGGACCGCCUGGGGCUGGCCGGCCGCGAGCUGCUGCUGCAGGACAACAAGGACCUCAUGGAGUUCAGCCGGAUGCACCCGUCCGGCGGCUGCCCCCGCGACCUGGCCCCUCACCUCAUGCUGGCCGGCGGCUCCUCCCUGCAGAGCAGCCAGCUGGGCGGGGACCCGGCCGCCCACCCCCACCCCGCCCACGCCCCGUGGCUGCCCCGCACCCGCAGCCCCUCCUUGUGGAUGGGGGGCCAUUCCUACGGCCUGGGGCACCCGGCCCUGCACCAGAACCUGCCCCCCGGCUUCCCUGCCUCGGUGCCCAGCUCCAUGCCCUCAGUCUUCCCCCUGCCCCAGGACACCCCCGCCCAGCUGGUCCUCCUGCCCUCCGAGCCCACGCCCCACAGCGCCCCCCACGCGCUAGCCGACGUCAUGGACCAGGCCUCGCUGUGGCCCCCCAUGUACGGGGGCCGGGGCCCCGCCUCCCACAUGCAGCACCCGGGCCAGCUCCCCGUGUACUCGCGGCCCCAGUUCCUGCGGCAGCGGGAGCUCUACGCCCUGCAGCACCCGGCGCAGCACCCGGCUCAGCACCAACAGCCCCAGCCCCCGCCCCCGCCGCGGGCCGCCCAGCUCCAGCGGAGGCCUGGGGACCACCCUCUGGAGCUGGAGGAGCCGGCCCCCGAGAAGGCCCUGAAGUCCACCCACAAGCCAGUUGCCUUAACCCCCUCGGCCAAGGGCGCCCCCUCGCCCGCCGCCGCAGGCUCCGCCAGGCUGCCCCCCUGCUGCCACUCGCCCAGCUCGAAGCCCCCCGCCAGCUGCCCCCCGCUGCUGCCACAGCCCGGCGCCCCCUGCACUUUAUCCGCCUGCCCUGGCGGCAGCCCCAGGCCCGGCGCCCGGCUGCCCCGCACGGAGGACAGGAGCGGGGAGGGCCGGCCGGUGGGAGCCAACCUCAGCACGGCGGAGCCAGAGCUGCCUCCUGGACACACGUGCCCUGCAGCCGGCUCGGGCUUCUCCCUGCCCCCCCGCGUGCACUCAUCGGACCUCGUGGACGCCAAAACUAUGCAAAGCCCCGCCCCCCGGGCCCCGCCGGCGCCCUCCGGGAUGCCCGCGUCUGGGGAGCCCUCCUGCCGCAGCCCCCGCAGCCUGGAGGAGCCCGGGCUGCCCUUGGGGGCCAGGGAAGACCCCCAGAACCUUGCUGCUGCCCCCCACCCUGCCGAGCGGGGCCCCCCAGGGAAGGCAGUGGACCCCAGCCCGCUGGAGGGGCUGCAGGAACUGCGAUGCGUGGCCCUCCUCCAGGGAGGGGGCCCCGAAGCUACUGGCCCGGCUCAUUCUACUCAGGGAGGGGCCCCCGGGAAGAGGACCACAGGGGCGGGGAGCGAGGAGGGGGCGCCAGGGCCCUCACGGGGGGCCGGCCCCCCGGCCCCGGAGCCACAGGCGGGGAGCCCCCGGGCCCCGGACCGGGACCAGCGGGAUGCAUGGCCGGCGCCCGGGGAGGCGGGCCCCGCAGAGGAGGCCCUGUCUGAGGAGGACGGACUGGAGGAAGGAGAGGAAGAGGGGGGCUGGGGGGUGCCCCCCGACCACGGCCGCCUGCCCCGGGCGCUGCUGGGCCUGGACGCUCUGGUGGCAGCCACCAUCGACCUCGGGGACUUGCCUGGCCCAGGCCCGCCAGGCCCUCAGCCCCCCGUGCCCCCCAGCUCAGGGAUCCCCGGCCUCGCCCUGCUCGGCGAGCUGGCCGACCUGGACCUCCAGCCUCCACAGCGCGAGCCCGCCCUGCCAGAGGAGGAGGCCGUGCUGACCUUCAACCUGCAGCGCCUGGCCACGCUGGCCUCGGCCUGGUCCCUGCUGGAGGCCACCGGCCGGGGCAGCCCUCGCCCCGCAGCUCCGCCCCCUGCCACCGGCCCCCGCGGGGCCCCCACGCUCACCCCCCGAAUGCAGAUCCUCCAGCGCAAGGACACCUGGACCCCCAAGACCAAGCCUGUGUGCCCCCUGAAGGCCGCCAUCGACCGGCUGGACACGCAGGAGGUAGAGCUGCGCGUGCGGCUGGCGGAGCUGCAGAGGCGCUACAAGGAGAAGCAGCGGGAGCUGGCCCGCCUGCAGCGCCGGCGCGACCACGAGAGGGACGACAGCUCUCGGAGCCCGGCGCGGCGAGGGCCCGGCCGGCCUCGGAAGCGGAAAUACUCGGGCCUGCUGCCCGCCCUGCGUCCGGGGGGCCAGCUGCCCAGGACCGACAUCAAGAAAGUCAAGGCGGUGCGGUCCAGCCUGAGCCUGCUGUGCGCCGAGCUCCGGGGCGACGAGGAGCCGGGCAAGAAGCGGAGCCGCCUGGAGAAGGGCGUCUACCUGGGCCUGCAGCCUGGCUCCACGGACAAGGUCCGGGCCGAGAGGAGCCGCGCGCAGGGCGAGCUGGCGGCCAGCGUGGCCCACAAGGUGGCCCAGCUGAAGCCCAAGGUGAAGAGCAAGGGGCUGCCCGCCGGCCUGGGCCCGUUCCCCGGGGGCCGCGUCGGGAAGAAGCUGUCCCGGAGCAAGAGCGCCGCGGCGGCCCGACACCCCGCGCCCGGCCCCGGGGAGCCGCCCAGGUUCCCGGCCCCGCCCGCAGGGGCCUCGGCGCACGAGGCAGGCAAUGGCUCCGACGCUGAGAGCUUCGAGGGCUUCCUGGGGACAGAAGUGCCCCCCAAGGAGCCGGGACCUGCCCUGCACGCCGGGGCCCCCGUGGCCAUGCUGGGGCCCUCGCCCUCCUCCGUGGUCAAGAUGGAGGCCAACCAGAAGGCCAAGAAGAAGAAGGAGCGGCAGGGCUUGCUGGGGGCCUGCCGCCUGUCCAGCCCCGAGAGCGAGGUCAAGAUCAAGAGGCGGACGGCCAAGGCCAAGGCGGGCACCGCUCUGGAGCGGGCUCCGGGCCGCCGGCUGCCCAGCGCCCCUGGCAAGAAGAAGGCCCGUGGCAAGGCCAAGGGCGGCCUGCGGGCCGAGCCGGGGGCCACCGGCAGGGACACCCUCUUCGGCCCCGCCCGCGCCUUCCCCUGCCCCGAGGGCGGCCCCCUGGCCAGCGAGCGCCUCAAGAGGGCCACACGCAAGAGCACCAUGCUCCAGCCCGGGCUGCGGCGCAGGAACGGGGCCCUGCCCCUGGCCCUGUCGCCCCGCAAUGCCAAGGCCGUCCUGGGGAAGGGCAGGAAGGCGGGCAGGACCAGCAAGGCCGUCGGCAAACAGGGCAAGGGCCACGCGGUGAGCCGGCUGCUGCACGGCUUCUCUGUGGACGAGGACUUUGAGUUCGCCGACAGCAGCAGCUUCUCGGAGGGGGAGGACGACGAGGAGGCCAGUGGGCCCCUGAGCGCCGAGCAGAGCGCAGCCCUGGCGCGCUCCUGCACCAUCCACAAGGAGGACCUGCAGGACGGGCUGCCGGUGCUCAUCCCCAAGGAGGACAGCCUGCUGUACGCGGGCAGCGUGCGGAGCCUGCAGCCCCCGGACAUCUACAGCAUCGUCAUCGAGGGCGAGAGAGGCAACCGGCAGAGGAUCUACUCCCUGGAGCAGCUGCUGCAGGAGGCGGUCCUUGACGUCCGGCCGCAGUCCAGCCGGUUCCUCCCACCCGGCACGAGGGUCUGCGCCUACUGGAGCCCGAAGUCCCGCUGCCUGUACCCUGGCAACGUGGUCCGAGGCACCUCGAGCGGCGAGGAGGAGGACCUGGACUCCGUGCUGGUGGAGUUUGACGACGGGGACACGGGCCACAUCGCCGUCUCCAACAUCAGGCUGCUGCCCCCCGACUUCAAGAUCCAGUGCACGGAGCCCUCGCCGGCCCUGCUGGUGCCCACCGGCUGCCGCAGGACCAAGAAGGCGUCCUGCCAGGCCGCCCCGCCCAGCGAGCCCGCCGCCCCCAGCCGGUCCCCCAAGGCGCACGAGGGCCCCGACACCGCCAAGGUCGCCGGGAAGAAGUCCGUCAGCAGAGACAGAGCUGGCAAAGCGGAGCUCCUCGCCACGGGCGCCAAGGCCGGCGCGGGGCCCCCGGACUCCUUCCCGGGCCGCCGGGCCGGCCCGCUGCUGAGCUGGUCCGCGGUGGCGCAGACCCGGCGGAAGGCGGCAGCGGCCAAGGCCCCGGGGCUGCUGCAGAACCUCUUCCCCGGCGGCGGCGGCGGCGGCGGCGGCGGCGCCAGGCGGCUGCGGGCCCGCGAGGCGCUCUUCCCGGUGCACGGCGUGCCCGCGCCCGUGUUCGGCAACGGCUUCCGCGCCGACUCCUUCAGCAGCCUGGCCAGCUCCUACGUGCCCUUCGUGGGCGGGGCGGGGCCGGGGCUGCCGGGCGGCGCCCACCGGCUGCUGCGGGCCAAGAGGGCCGAGCGGGCCGAGGGCGGGCGGCGGCGGGCGGGCGGCGAGUUCCUGGUGAAGCUGGACCACGAGGGCGUGACCUCCCCCAAGAACAAGAACUGCCGGGCCGUGCUCCUGGGCGACAAGGACCUGGGCCCCAAGCUGGGGCGGCCGCUGCCCGUCGCCGGCUACGCGCACCCCGCCCUUGCGGGCAAGGACCGGAAGGGCCGGGCGCCCGCGGCCCCGCUGCCCGUGGGGCUGGCGCUGCGCAAGCUGGCGGGCCAGGCCGAGUUCCCGCUGCCCUGCGACAGCGACUGCCACAGCUCCUGCUCCGACGAGGACGACGGGCCCAGGCUGGCGCCCGGCCUGCCCGCCCGCUUCCUGGCCCGCCUGUCCGUGUCCUCCUCCUCCUCCGGCUCCUCCACUUCCUCCUCCUCCGGCUCCCUGUCCACCUCCAGCCUCUGCUCCUCGGACGACGAGGGCUCCUCCUUCAGCUCGGACGAGGAGGACCGGGCCCUGCUGCUGCAGACCUGCCUCACCCACCCGGUGCCCGCCCUGCUGGCCCAGCCCGAGGCCCUGCGCGCCAAGGGGGGCGGCCCGCACGCCCACACCCCGCGCUGCUUCCUGUCCCGGGCCGCCGUGGCGGGCGGGGGCCCGGGACCCGGCGGCGGGGGCGGCGGCAAACCCAAGCUCAAGCGCAAGGAGCCCCUGAGCUUCUCCAAAGCCAAAGAGGGACCGCGGAGGCAGCGGCUGCCGUCCGUGGAGAACCGGCCAAAGAUCUCCGCCUUCCUGCCGGCCCGGCAGCUCUGGAAGUGGUCGGGGAGCCCCACGCAGCGCCGCGGCGUGAAGGGCAAGGCCCGCAAGCUGUUCUACAAGGCCAUCGUGCGGGGCAAGGAGACGCUGCGGGUGGGCGACUGUGCCGUGUUCCUGUCGGCCGGCCGCCCCAACCUGCCCUACAUCGGCCGCAUCGAGAGCCUGUGGGAGUCCUGGGGCAGCAACAUGGUGGUCAAGGUCAAGUGGUUCUACCACCCCGAGGAGACCAAGCUGGGCAAGCGGCACAGCGACGGGAAGAACGCGCUGUACCAGUCCUGCCACGAGGACGAGAACGACGUGCAGACCAUCUCCCACAAGUGCCAGGUGGUGGGGCGCGAGCAGUACGAGCAGAUGGCGCGGAGCCGCAAGUGCCAGGACCGGCGGGACCUCUACUACCUGGCGGGCACCUACGACCCCGCCACGGGGCGCCUGGUGACGGCCGACGGCGUGCCCAUCCUGUGCUGA